AUUCACUAGUAAAGAGAAUAGUAUUUUGAUGGAAGAAAGCAAUAUUCUCCUUUGUGAAAACUUCAUGGAACAUUCAUUUCCACCUUUCUUACAAAACUAAAUGACAUUCUAAUAAAAAAUAUUUCUUUAGUAUCAUAAGAAUUAUAACUUGAAAUUUUAUCUGAAAUGGAAACCGAAUAUAAGUUAUCCCCAGAUUCAACAGAAAAAUAUGAGAGUAUUCACAAUAGAGUAGAGACGGAAUUAGAAGUGAAACAAGAUGACGAUGGUAUGGGAAAAUUUUCAUUUGACUCUAGUGUUCAGCAUCCAAUUGAUGAGGAGUAUACUGAAGAUAAUAAGACAGAAAACAAGGAUAUUGUUGACCCCUUCAUUGAUGACAAUGGAAUUAGAUCGUCCAUUGAAUAUCAAACAAGUGAAAUGAAGAUAACAGAUAGUUUUAUGAAGAUCAGUAUAUUUAAAGAUGCUGUAGAAAUUGAGCCCUUGGAGAGUGGACAACCUGCUUAUUCUAUUAUAUAUAAAUGUUCGUUAUGUGAAUACAUCACAUCUCAUAAAUAUGAAAUCAAGAACCAUAUAGAUUGUGCACAUUUGAAUAAACGAGAACAUAAAUGUCAGUUUUGUGAGUAUGCAUCAAAUGAGAAGGGAAACCUUAAUAACCACUUAGAGGCCAUUCAUUUGGAAACACGGAAACAUAAAUGUGAGUUUUGUGAAUAUGCAUCAAACCACAAGAGCUAUAUGAAAAAGCAUGUAGAUGUUGUUCAUUUGAAUAAACGAGAUCAUAAAUGUGAUCUCUGUGAUUUUACUUCUGCCAAUAAAGCAAACCUUAAGACCCAUAUAGAUGCAGUUCAUUUGAAGAAAAAAGAACAUAAAUGUCACCUAUGCAAGUAUGCUUCAGUUGGAAAACUAGGCCUCCAAAGACAUUUAGAUGCUGUUCAUUUCAAUAAUAAAAAAUAUAAAUGCCACUUAUGCAACUAUGCUUCAGGUAAUACAGGAAACCUGAAAAUGCAUAUAGAUUUGGUUCAUUUGAACAGAAAAGAACAUAAAUGUCAGUUUUGUGAAUAUGCAACAAACCAGAAAGGAAACCUCCAAAAACAUAUAAAGGCUGUUCAUUUUAAUGAACGAGAACAUAAAUGUCAGUUUUGUGACUAUGCAACAAACCUGAAUGGAAACCUCCAAAAACAUAUAAAGGCUGUUCAUUUUAAUAAACGGGAACAUACAUGUCACCUAUGCAAGUAUGCUUCAUCGGACAAAGGAAGCCUCAAAAGACAUUUGAAUAAUGUUCAUGUAAAUAAAAAAAAAAAACAUUGAGGUUGAUUUGAACAGAAAAUAACAUAAAUGUGUAUAUACUACAACUGUAAAGUCUGACUUCAAAUCUGUUGUUCGUUUAAAUGAAAGAAAAUAUAAAUGUCACCUAUUAGAACAUACUUCAUUUUGAAAAGAACACCUUAAAAAACUGAUAUUGAUCAUUUGAAUGAGUGAAAUCAUAAAUGUCAAUUAUGCUAGUUUGCUUCAACCAGAAAGUUUAACAUGAAAAAGAAUGUGGUGCAUUUGAAUAUAGAUGUGACCUACAUGCCACAGCUCAUAAAGUAUAACUCAAACACCAUAUGAAAUUGGCCUAUUUUAAUGGCAAGGAGUAUAAAUGUAUAAAUGCAUAUUGUGAAUAUUUCCCAAUUAAAGCAUUGGUUCCAAUAAUAUACAGUGAUGGCAUGUCAGGAUGUAAUUUAGAGUUAGAAGAGUGUUAGAAAGAAUUGCAUAAAAAAGCUGAAAGUCAAACAGAAAUCAAUGAUGCUUUCCCCUCCCUUUCCACAAGAGCAAUUAGAAAGAAGAGUCAUCCGCUACCUAUUAAAAACCUUUAUCUCUGGUGUCGCAACAUACAUUCAGCCUGAUCUAAACAGAAUCAUUUCAUACAAGCCUACAUGUACUUCUCUCAAAGCGAUGUAAAAAAAAAAGUUGAAAUGACAGCAUCAUACUAUUUUUAUUUAACCAAUGGGAUUUCAUCUCUGUUCCUCCUAUUGGAUAAUACAAUACCAAGACAUAUUUAUAGUUGCCAAUACUGUAGAUAUUUUUCAUAUGAACAAACAAGUACAUCAAUGACAACCUAUGUGAGUUUAUAUCUUCAUAUAGGAGGAACCUAAGAAGUCAUAUAGAUGCAGUUCAUUUGAAUAAAAGAGGAUGUAAAUGUGAAUAUGCUCCAUUGGAAAAAAAAUUCACAAGAGGAAUAACUUUGAUUCUGCUGAGGGGUCUAUAACUGAUAAUCCAGAAGAUGAACAUCCAGUUAAAAAAAGGUGUAGAACCUAUGUUCAUAAAAUAACAAGUUUUAGUUUUCUUUAAUUGGAGUAUUCAUGAUUUAUUGCAGAAUGAUAUGCGAAAAAUUAGUAAAAAAACAUUAAAUAUGAAUUUUAAGUUUGUUUUAUAUUUGAAAGCAUCUAAAAUAAAGUGUUAUACGAG